AUGAAGCUUCUUGCUAGCAUCCUUGCUCUAACAAAUGCUUAUGAGCAGCCAAACCAAAACUUCUUCACACAUGAUGAUUUCCGGUAUGAAUUUACUGAAGAAUGGUCUGACUCUCCGACUAAGCCCGAUCUUUGUCUGAUCAAAUUCGAGACAAGUAUAUCUGCUGCCGGCCAAGGGACCAGUGAGAUUUGCCUCACAAACGCACUUCCUAAGCAUGGAAAAGCGUGCUGGGUUGCUGGAUUUGGUACGAUCGGAAGAUCUGGCAAAUUCGUUGGCGAAGAAGCUCCACUAUCUCCAGAAUUCAAAAGUGUUGGAGUAUCAAUCAUGUCGCGACAAUACUGCGAAGCAAAAUCGCAGAAUCACGAAAUCUUCGGCAAUUACGCGAAGGAAGAUAUCUGCGCGGGCCUCCCUGAUGUUAAUAUGGAUGGAUUGACCGACGGAGCACCCGUUGAAACUUAUUGGGACGAGAGCUUAGACGAAGCAACCAAUCUUGAGGCGUUUAGCAAUGGACUCGAUAGUUGCCAAAGUGACUCAGGUGGUCCCCUUGUUUGUGACGAGGGCGGUGUUGCCACUCUUGUCGGCGUUGUUUCGAGAGGAGAAGGAUGCGCUUGGGAAAGUUUUCCUGGUAUGUACACGUCUGUUGCCAUGGACAACUGGAUUGAAGAAAUCAUCGCUAAUAAUCCAACAGUUCCACCUCCAACGACGCAACCUCCAACGACGAAACCUCCAACGACGCAAGCUCCAACGACCCAAUCGACUCAAAGCUCUACGGCUUCAACUCCAGCAGCUGAAGAAUUCGAGAAGAGAACGAAUGCUAUUCCAAGUUCGCUAAAAACCUGCUCCAAUAAUGUUCCAUCAUCUGCUCGUAUAAUUGGUGGAAUCGAGGCGAAUCACCAACACUGGCCUUGGUUCGCUCGACUUUACUUUUCCUGGGGCGAGCUGCACAAUAUGGCUCCUUGCGGUGGCUCGAUUAUUCGUGACAACUGGGUUGUAACUGCUGCGCAUUGCUGCCAAGAUAGCAAACUAGGCGAUGCUGAUGGAGUUUUAGCUAUCUUUAAUGAUUCGAACCAAUUCGAAGAAAACCCUGGCGAAUUCAAUCUAACUGCAACGAAGAUCAUUCCACAUCCUGACUAUCACCAUGGACUGACUGAAUCUUGGUCUGACUCUCCAACCAAACCUGAUCUUUGUCUUAUCCAAUUCGACAAGAGUAUAUCUGCUGGAGGCACAGGAACACGUGAAAUCUGUCUUGCUGAGUCGACCCCUCAGCAUGGAAAAGCUUGCUGGGUCGGUGGCUUUGGAAAAAUAGGGCGAGAUCGGCAACCAGGAUCAAAUAUUGACAGCGCUCCAUUAUCUCCGGCUUUCAAAAGUGCUGGAAUAUCAAUAAUGUCGCACGACUACUGUAACGAGAAGUCGCUAAACUUCAAUAUAUUCGGUCCUUACGCAGAGAAUGACAUCUGCGCUGGUCUACCUGAUAGCGACGGCGAUGGACAAACCGACGGAGCACCAGCUGGUUGGCACUUUACCGAAGAUGGGAUGGCUGAUAUUUGCUUGGUCAAAUUCGACAAAAGUAUUUCUUCAGAAGGCAAAGGAACCCGUGAAAUUUGCGUCGCUGACAAGCAUCCCACACACGGAGACGCUUGCUGGGUUGCUGGUUUUGGAAAGCAAGGAGAAGGUUCUCCCUCUACUCAAUUUUUCAAGAGUGCAGGAGUUUCAAUCAUGAAUCACGAAUACUGCAAUGCCAAAUCUGGAUAUCCUCAAAAGGGUGAGACUAUCAGAACAUACGACAUUUGUGUUGGCUAUCCAGAUGAAGAUGGCGACGGAAUGACUGACGGAUUGAACUAUACCUCCUGGAACGUCUACGACGACUACGACACCAAUCUCGAGAAUUUAAAAGACGGCUUCGGCGUCUGCCAGGGUGACUCCGGCGGAGCUCUCGUUUGUAACGUCGACGGUGUAGCAACUGUCUUUGGUGUUGCUUCUCGGGUAGAGGGUUGCGGCUGGAAAAAUUACCCGUCAAUCUUUUCGGCUGUUGCGGAAGCUGGGACGGAUGAUUGGAUCGCGCAAACUAUCGCUUCCAAUACGAAUCAAGCUCCAACAACUCAAGCUCCAUCAACGCAGGGCUCCACAAGUGCAAGUCAAGCAAGUGACCAAUUCCAGCCAAGAACAGAUGAGAUCCCAAGCACGCUCAAAACAUGUUCAAAUAACAAACCAUCACCUGCUCGAAUCGUUGGUGGACUCGACCAAGCAGAUCAUACUCACUGGCCUUGGUUUGCUCGACUUCAGCUGAUCUUCGGUGAUAAUGCCGGCGGGUGUGGCGGCUCGAUUAUUCGCGAUAAUUGGGUGGUAACUGCUGCACAUUGUUGUCUUUCGGACGACAACGAGAAAGCUGACAGAGUGAUAGCAGUCUUCAAUGACAAUGACCAAGCGUUGACAAGUUCUGAUGAGUUUAUCCGAAUCGCGCCAAAGGAAAACAUUUUUGUUCAUCCCGGGUGGACUUCAGGACCAGACCUUGCUGAUCUUUGCUUAAUCAAAUUCGACAAGAGCAUUUCCUCUCAAGGCGAAGGAUUAACAAGUGAAGUUUGCCUGGCGGACAGUUAUCCAAAGCACGGAGAUGCUUGCUGGAUCGCAGGUUUUGGAAGGAUCGCAGAACAAGGCCCUCAACAAGGUUCACGAUAUUUAAAAAGCGCCGGAGUCUCUAUCAUGGAUCUUGACUACUGCAAUAAACAUUCUGGAUACCCUUCCUCGAUGAUGGGCGCCGUUAAAACCUAUGAUAUUUGUGCUGGCCUUCCAGAUGAAGAUGGUGACGGAUGGACAGACGGAGCAGCCGAAGGAACCGUCUGGGACUACUAUGACUACGAUGGGGAUUAUGAUGACGGAAAAUACGGCCUCGGAAGCUGCAACGGUGACUCGGGCGGACCACUUGUGUGCAACGUUAAUGGCGUAGCGACUCUUUUUGGUGUCGUCUCUAGGACUGCACGAGAGGGAGGCUGCGGCUGGGAAAAAUGGCCUACAAUCUACUCAUCUGUUGCCUUCGACAAAUGGAUCGAAACCACCAUCGAUUCAAAUGCGUAA